UGAGAGAGUGAAGGCAUGUGUGGGUCGGUGGUUUCAGAUGAUACAGAGCGCGAAUUUGAAUUUCAUUUCUGGGUUUUUGGCCAUUUUGGGGAAGAAGAAGAAGAAGAAGAGAGGAUAAUAAUGGCGGGAAAGCGUUCGUCGCCGUUUUCUUCUCCGUUGCUGAGACCACCACCUGAGCUACUGAAUGUGAAGGAGGAAGGAGAAACGGAGACGUCGUGCUGGAGAAAGGAGGUAGACGAGAACUUGAAGCGUCUCCAAUCGCUGCUCUUUGGCGCCGACCAAUUUCUGGAGAAAUCUGAUUUCUCCUCCGCUCAGAUCCUUGGGCUUCGACUUCUAGGUUUCCUCGAUUCUCGCUCUGUCACUGACGCCGAUCGUGAUUUCAUUUGUCCCAUUCGCCGAGAAGUUGCCUCUAAGGUCGAUUUAGCUUUGGAAGGACUCGUUUCAGAUUCGGAUCGGAAAGCGUUUGAGCUUGCAAAUACAGUUCCAGGACCUAUUUUUGGCAGCAAAUUUGAUGUGGAAAAGAUUAAGCAGUCAAAACACUUUAGUUUUCAUAUCAGUCAAUCUAAUGGAAAGGGUGUUAAGGAGAUGGAAGAACGACAGGAUACGGAUAAGUUGAUUCCCAAAGCACCAAAGUCAAUGAUGCAAGCCAAACUGACAUCAUUGUAUGGAAACAGCAUUGGUAAACCAGAUAAUCAGCGAAAAACUUCUGUGAACAAUCAAGACCGUGCCUCUGAUGAAUGUGUCAUUGUCGAGAGAAGUCAUGGAUUUGGUUUUGGAACAAAGCGAACUCAUGCAGAAACCAGCAGUCUCGCAAAUGAUGGGGAAAUAAAGGCAGAUGGAGCUCCUAAUGGAUUUGUAUCCGCCAAAAUAAAACUGGAAAUGGAUGUAAGACAAAGACGAGGAUCAACCGAGUCACCAAGUUCUUGUCUUUCUCCACAGAGUGAAAAAAAUGCUUUGGGUAGGGGCUAUGGUUCAAGAUCGGGUGGAUUAAGACGUGGAUACCGUGGUAAUUUUGUCCCUCCUGUUAAAUCUAAUGGGAAUAAUGUUGGAAACUUGACAUCUCGUAUUGGUGGAAAGAUUGACGAUGCACUGGAUGACUCAACCAGAACAUGUUUGGAGAUGCUCUGUGGUCCUGAUGGUGAGCUUCCCGAGAAGUUGAGAAAUUUGGAACCUCGUCUUAUAGAGCAUGUCAGCAACGAGAUUAUGGAUCGAGACCCCAAUGUCCGCUGGGAUGAUAUUGCUGGUCUGGAGCAUGCUAAAAAGUGUGUAACUGAGAUGGUCAUUUGGCCAUUGCUGCGUCCUGACAUUUUCAAAGGUUGUCGUUCACCUGGAAAAGGACUUCUUCUCUUUGGCCCACCAGGAACUGGUAAAACGAUGAUUGGAAAAGCUAUAGCUGGAGAAGCAAAAGCAACAUUUUUCUAUAUAUCAGCCAGUUCAUUGACAAGCAAAUGGAUUGGCGAAGGUGAAAAGCUAGUGAGGGCCCUUUUUGGAGUUGCGAGUUGCCGCCAGCCCGCUGUGAUAUUUGUGGAUGAAAUAGAUUCUCUACUAUCUCAGCGUAAGUCAGAUGGUGAACAUGAAUCGAGUAGAAGACUCAAGACACAAUUCCUGAUUGAAAUGGAAGGUUUCGACAGUGGCAGCGAGCAAAUUCUCCUUAUAGGAGCAACAAAUAGACCCCAAGAGCUCGAUGAAGCAGCAAGAAGACGACUAACCAAGAGACUCUACAUUCCUCUUCCUUCAUCUGAAGCAAGAGCAUGGAUUAUACAGAAUCUCCUAAAGAAAGAUGGGUUGUUUACACUGUCGGAUGAUGAUAUGAACAUCAUAUGCAACCUAACGGAAGGGUACUCGGGAUCAGAUAUGAAGAACCUGGUGAAAGAUGCAACUAUGGGUCCAUUAAGAGAAGCUCUCAAACGAGGGAUAGAUAUAACUAACCUGACGAAAGAUGACAUGCGUCUAGUAACUCUUCAGGACUUUAAAGACGCAUUGCAAGAAGUAAGGCCUUCUGUUUCUCAGAACGAACUCGGAAUCUACGAAAAUUGGAACAAUCAGUUUGGUAGUUUAAGCCUAUAAGACUGAGAUCGGAGACUUCUGUACUCAAGACUCCUGGACCAUUCAUCAAUCUCACGUGCACGAAGAACCGGCAAUGGAUGUGAAAGUUGACUAGUCUGAGCAUUUCUGUAAAAAAGGAAAUUAUGUAAACAAACAAGAAGUGACUCUAAGGAAGAAAAAUCUAAAUUUUCAACGCCA